GAGGCAGUUCGGUUCUUUUGGGGUACAUCGCAAUGAAUGGGUGUCGGUGCUUUACAAGGCAAAGGAGCAAUCACAACAAGACGCGGAUAUUGAGGGGAUGCGGCAUCGGCACGCGGGAGCUGUCCACCAGCAGCACAGCAACGACGCGGACGCUCGUGACAGUCAAAAGGAAGGAUCUCAUCCAGUCGCCGCGCUCUUUAGUCUGCCGCCCCCACCGCCAUCGAUAAAGGAGCGAUCCACCUCCUCACAUCACAGCCAACAUGUACAGUCCUGUCCGGACCGCGGCACCAGGAACGGCGAGUGCGUGCCUCUGACCGGCCACUGCAGCCUUGCGCACGCUGACCGUGCGCCUUACGACAACCAGCCGCAUCCGUUUCCAGGGGCCUCAUCUGGCUAUCAGUGUCAUUCUGAGGGGCUCUCGCAGAGCAGCCAUUCUCCUCAGCACAGAUCUUCAGUUUCCCCGCAGCCCUCCCCAUCUGAUCUGCUGCCGUCGCCUCUGCCUUCGCACAUUUCUAAUACACGGGAUACUCGCCAAAAGAGUGCUAAUUACAAACAAGACAUCUUACAGCGUCGCACCGAGGAGGGGGGGCGUCGAGACCAAAACCAGUUGCUGCGGCAACCUUAUUAUAAUCAACAAAAGGACCCCUCCUUUGAGUUACUCUUGCCAAACUCUUGUCAAGGACAGAUAAAUGCACGCGAGGAAGCAGAAAAGGAGAGGCAAGUAAUUGAGCCUCAGGCUCAGUUACUGUUGGGCAGCAGCUUGCCCGUCACCUACUGCAUCAGCGGAUCGGGGCAAGUGUUCCGAAACAAGCAGGCGCCGCUGUUGCAGCAUCAGCAUCAGCAUCAGCAUCAGCAGGGUCGCGCGCAGGAGCACAGCCUCCAGCGGCAGCAGAGUGACCGAGACAGCAGCGGGUACCAGGAGGGGGAAAUCGUACUCUGUCAGCCGUAUCAAUGCGAGCGCGCGCUAGAGAGAAACUCGUCGGUGUCUAGUAGUGACAACAGCAGCCCCCCGUACGGCUCUAGCAGUCAACUGUGGCCAGAGCCCCACGACGAGCAGGACAGGAGAAAUCGCGCAAGCAAACACAAGGCACAUGCUGAGCGAACAAAGCUGAGCCAUGCUGGAUCCAAGCCCUCCCUCUCUGAGAGCAGUCACUCACUCCCUCAGAUAGCCAUGAACAGCUGCAAGUACAAUGGAGGAGUGGUAAGGCCACUGGGAAGCCUGGCAGCAUCAAGACGCAACCUAGCAGAGCAUGACUCUGAGACCCAGCCGCUCCAGACUCUUCACAGCUCCGGCCUGGAAGUGGUUGUCUCCAAGGGCAGUGGCGAGGACCCCAGCAAGGCGUCCAAUGAGAGCCUGGUCCGAGAGAGUGGCAACGCACCACAGAAAAAAAAUAAAGAUAUUGGCUACAAGUUGGGCCACAGGAGGGCACUUUUUGAGAAGCGCAAGCGGCUUAGUGACUAUGCCCUGAUAUUCGGUAUGUUUGGGAUCGUUGUCAUGGUAACAGAGACUGAACUGUCUUGGGGGGUUUACACUAAGGAAUCUUCAUAUUCAUUUGCACUGAAAUGCCUUAUCAGCCUUUCCACUGUUAUUUUGCUUGGUCUUAUAAUAAUGUACCACGCUCGGGAAAUACAGCUGUUCAUGGUCGACAAUGGGGCGGAUGACUGGAGGAUAGCCAUGACAUAUGAGCGCAUCUUCUUCAUUGUCCUGGAGCUGCUGGUGUGUGCUAUUCACCCAAUCCCGGGCCAGUAUGUGUUCACAUGGACGGCCCGGCUGGCUUUCACCUACGUGCCCUCCGUGGCAGACGCCGACGUAGACAUCAUCCUUUCCAUCCCCAUGUUCCUCCGCCUCUACCUGAUUGGCCGGGUCAUGCUCCUUCACAGCAAACUCUUCACAGACGCAUCCUCACGCAGCAUAGGUGCCCUCAACAAGAUCAACUUUAACACUCGAUUCGUCAUGAAGACCCUUAUGACCAUCUGCCCGGGCACCGUUCUGCUGGUCUUCAGCAUCUCCUCCUGGAUCAUCGCGGCCUGGACCGUUCGGGUCUGUGAAAGGUAUCAUGACAAACAGGAAGUCACUAGUAACUUUCUUGGAGCUAUGUGGCUAAUUUCCAUAACUUUCCUAUCAAUUGGCUAUGGAGAUAUGGUUCCUCAUACCUACUGUGGGAAAGGGGUCUGUCUGCUCACAGGAAUCAUGGGAGCUGGUUGCACUGCACUUGUAGUCGCAGUGGUAGCCAGAAAGUUAGAACUGACAAAAGCUGAGAAACACGUCCACAAUUUCAUGAUGGACACCCAACUUUGUAAACGAGUAAAGAACACAGCUGCCAAUGUACUCAGGGAAACAUGGCUCAUCUACAAACACACCAAGUUAGUAAAGAAGAUAGAUCAUGCCAAAGUGCGCAAACAUCAGCGCAAGUUCUUGCAGGCCAUUCACCAUGCAGUGCAAUGGCUCACAUGUUGUGUAUAUGUUGUGGUUUCUAAACUUGAACUGUGUUUUGUCUUCAUUCUGCUCUAUCACUGCAGAGCUCAGAAGCUCCGCAGUGUGAAAAUGGAGCAGAGGAAACUCAAUGACCAGGCCAACACUCUGGUGGACCUGGCGAAGACUCAGAAUGUGAUGUACGACCUGGUGUCAGAGCUGCAGGAACGCAGUGAGGAGCUGGACAAGCGUAUUGGCACGUUGGAGGACAAGCUGGACGCAGUCACCGGCAGCCUGCAGGCUCUGCCCUGUCUGAUCUCCCAAGCCAUAACUCAGCAGCAGCAGGACCUCCUGGAUGGCUUCGUGCACCGCUUCUGCCCUGCUUCGCUGGGCUCGGAACGCUCUUGGACCCCUUCCAGACGGCGGCGCUCGCCCUCCACUGCCCCGCACACUUCCUCCGACAGCGGCUAACAUGGGCCCGGACCUGCUCGCUGCUUCCAAAGGUCUCAGACUUAUUCACGAAAGAUGAUCAAGCCGAGAUUGAGGACUCGUGUUAAUAAGUAGAGACGAAUGAUCAAAAAUAGUAGAUAUAUGGUUUAUGUUUAGCCAUUGUAUGGCUGUUCAAGUUAGCUUUUUUGUAAAGCCUUCAUAUAUUUACAAGACUGAGUUCAGGAAGCUGGAGUGAGUCCAGGAAACCGGUCCUUCAAACUGCGAGAUCACAGGGUCCAGAGUGAACCAAUGCAGACCACAAAGGAGCGACGCAACCACAUAGAAGAGAUUCACUGGUCCUGUAAGACAUCUGUUCCAGGAUGAGCCCCGAGAACACGUCACUUCAGCAUUCAGCUGGAGACGCAGGAGCACAUGACCUUACUACUGAGUAGAAUAAUGCAGGAAUGCCAACCUUAAGGAUUCAGUUCCCCUGCUCCGUUAAGGGAAAUUGGGUGCAACUAACCUUUUUUAGUUACAUAUUGGCAUGUUAUUUUUUUCAGUGCCUGAAUGUAUAGAUUGUGGAGGGUUGUCCAUUUACAAAUUUUGGAGCGAGUUUUUGUACAAUGUUAACACAAGCAUUGCAUUCCUUUUUCAGAUACAUUCCUCUUGAAGACAUUUGACUUGUCUGUCUUAACAAAUACCAUUAACUCUGUCGCAGUCUUCUAUUAUUUUCUAAAGCCUUUCAAUAUUUCCACCAGUUAGGGAAGGAAAAGAUGGAAGGAGGUAAGGACAGGAAGGAAGGUAGGAAGGAAAAAAGGAAAGAAAUAUUGAAAGGAAGAAAAUCAAGGAAGCUGGUAACACUUUCAUUUUAACAAAAUCUGAGCUUCCAGAAGUGUUCACAUUACCAAGAGGCUGCGUUUUUGAAUCUGAAGUGAGAGCACAGAGUGCUAAAUGCUGUGGUAGGCACAAAUGUAUGACAGGACUGAGAUUUAAACCUUGCAUGUUUCAGUGCAAUUGUGACGAAUGGAUUAUGGAUGGGUUUUUUCAAAUGUGUGUGUGUGCUCUUUUGUUUUAUUUCACUUAUUUUUUACACAGAGAUGCAUUGGAUAGUAUUUUUAGAAUUGCAAAUAUAGCGGUGCAGUAAUGUGGUAAUGUAUGUUGGAUGCAUUCCUUGUUUUACUUACAAAUGAAUUCCUCAACCAAGAGAUUGGCGAAUCAGUGAAAACCAGAAUUAACACUAAACAAAUCAUUCUGUAAUCAUGAGAAGACCUUCUCUGAGAGAAUACAUCUGAUGAAGCGGAAGGAGAUGCAUUAUUGUGGCUCACAUUUGCACUUUUCAGAACAAACCGUUAAGGCAGCUUGGAGCUAUCUGUCUCUCCUGUUCAAGUGUAUUUUACUACAUCUAUAGUUUUAAAUAAUCACAUAACUUUAAAAGCAACUGACAGUGUUAUGUGAUUUAUGGUGUAAUUGUCACAGAUUUAGGACCAAUGACUGCAAACCAUCUCACUGCAGCUUGCUUUUUUUAUUAUUAUUGUUAAUAUGAGUUAGUUUUCCUGUUAGUUAUUUUUAUUUAAUUUAUUUUUCUGAGACAUUAUUUUAAUUAUUAAAAUAUGAUUUAUUUAUUUAUUUUUAAACGGGGUAGUAAUUAUUUCAGGUUGGUUUUUUAUUUAUUUAUUUAUUUUUUUUUGCCUAUUUUUAUUUUGCAAGAUAUUGGAUUCCUAACCAAAGCCUAUAACCUUAUUAAAUUAAAAACGAAUAUAUUUUAUAUAGCUUAUGACCACAUAGAAAUUAAGCUGCACACUCACUCAAAGACUUUGUGCACACUUCAUGUGAGAUUGAAGCUAAAUUCCCCCCAAAACAUUUUUAAUAAUGCAUGUUUGCUUUUUCUGAUUUGCUAAUAAAACAUUUAAAUUAUUAUUAAAUUAGAAAAAGAUUUUCAUAGUUCCCUAUUUGGCGGCUUGAUCACAACUCCUAUCCAGCUUGUUUCAGUCUUGUCAAUACUGUGUUGAGGUCUUAUGUAUUUCCAGUCCUCUGUUCUUGUGUACAAACGAUGUCUAAAAUUAGCAACCCUGUCAAACAAUGAUGAUGACAUUUAAAGUGAAAACUUAAAAAAAUAGAGAAUUCUCACAGCUUUCAUUGCUGAAAUAUACUUGACACUUCUAGCAGAUUUUGAUAAAAACAGAGAUCAAAGACGAACUGAGAAAGCCAGUCAUAACAUUGAAUUCCUGAUGUAGACAAAAAUAGAAGAACAGGCUGCUUUACUAUUUAAGCUGCUUUUGAUGACCAAAAUCAAGUGCAAUUUAGAUCAAAAUAAUUAGGUGUAAAAAUGCAUGACCAUGACCCCUGUUCAUGCCUUUCUUUCACUGUCAGCACAGUCUGAAUGUUGUUAUGUGCCAAUUAUGAAGUAAGACUCAGAUGCCUUCUGAUGUCAAACUGCAUACACGAGUAGAUGGGACACCAAAUCACUAGAACGUUUUUAUUUUUAUGGGACUUUUCUUUCAGAUUUUUCCUAAUUGCCUUUCUUUGUGAAUUACCUGUGAAUGAUCACACAGAGAGAUGAACUUGCAUUUUGUAUCCUCCCAGGUUGACUGUACAUAAAGGCAUGGGUUAUCAUGGUCUGUUGAGAUCCUCUUAUUUUGUUUACAUAGAGAUAGCCCAAGAAGCUACAGUGUGGACAAAAUCUGCCCAUGUUUCAGAUAAUAAAUAUCAAAUUCUUGAGAAUA